AAUGAUGUAUUUUUUUUGAUUAGGCGUUCAGUACUACGCGGAUAGGUCCAAAAGAAGAAGAACUACAAACUCUAUGGCAAAAAUAUGUAAACAAGGCCAUCUGGGCGAUCGUUGCAUUUAGAAAUUCAUUUGUAGUGAUCGUAUGUAGUAUUAUCUGUUAUUGGUGCGUACAUAAAACAAACCACGAUAUUACGUCCGAUUGGCCACCACCAAUCCCGUUCAAAGUCAUCGUCGUUCUUGUGACUUUCUCAAGGCAAAAUACCCUACGGAUUGCCUCAUUUCCAGUGGCCGGAGUUUAGCAACAAUGACGAGAGUUUCUUCGACAUGAUUUUCUUCAUGGGCUCAGGAAUCAUUGUGAUACCACUAAUAUCGUUACUCGAAAACAUAUCUCUCUGCAGAACGUUUGCGGAGGGUAAGCCAGUGGACACGGACCAAGAGCUGUUGGCAAUCGGUUUAGCGAACCUCGGCAAUUCGUUCUUCCAGGGCUUCACUGGGUCUGGAGCUAUCGCCAGAGGAGCGCUCAACUAUUCGAGCGGCGUGCGCACGCCCCUCGGAGGCCUAUACACGGGACUUACUGUUAUGGCGGCAUUGGUGUAUUUGACACCAUAUUUCUAUUACAUCCCGAAAACCUCGCUGGCCGCCGUUAUAAUUGCCGCGUCGUUUAUGAUGGUCGACGUCAAUAUUGUCAAACACAUUUACAAGUCAAAAAAAAGAGAUUUGGUGCUCAUGUUGAUCACGUUCUUCUCGUGCUUGUUUCUUCCAUUGGAAUACGGUGUGCUCAUCGGCAUCGUUGCGAACGUCGGGUUCAUAAUGUUCAGUGCUGCCAAACCCAAAAUAUCUAUCCAAGUGCAAAAGAACCACGACGGGAUCAAAUACUUGUUGCUGACACCGGAUCGGUACUUGAUAUUCCCUUCGAUGGAAUACGUACGGCAGACGAUAACAAAACACGGCCUUGCUCUUGGGAUCCCUGUAGUCAUCGACGGUUCCAGUAUAUUUGAGGCAGAUUUCACAACGGCAAACGUAUUUUCCAUGAUGUCACGGGACUUUUCAAAAAAAGGACAAUUUUUAUACUUGUUUAAUCUAAAGCCCAGCGUAGCUAAUGUAUUCAAAGGAAUAAAAAAUUGUAAUAUUUUUUUGUGUGCAAAUAAAGACGAGUUGGACGAACUGCUAAGAAAACAUUUUGGACCGUCACAAAUUCAAGAACAAUGUCAAAACAAAACAAUUUGGACUUCAAAAUUGUAAACUUAAUACAAAUGAUCUUUGAAUAAAAUACAAUAAUAUAUUGGUUUUAAUUAAAUUAUAAUGAUAUGUGUCAGUUUAAGACUUUAGAUGUUUCGAAAACGAAACGAGUUGGAUGUAAUUAUUUGGCUGUAUUUGAUUAUAAAUUGAUGUAAUAUACUCUGUUCGGUAUACUUAGAUCAAUAAAUAUAUAUUGUAAUCAAUGAUGAUUUGACGUGUUCUGUCGAAGUGUCACGUAAAAUAUAACUUAUAAGCAUAUUAUAUUUUAUUAUUUAUACAAUAAAAGGAGCGUAUAUAUUUAUGUACAAAUGUUUAUCAAGUGGUUGUUCGUGUUAUUGUGUAUUUUAUAUUAAUAAAUAGAUCAGCAUUA